AUGAAGUUCUUCUCUGCUGCUGCCCUCGCCCUCAGCGGCAGUGCCCUCGCCCUGGAAGCAGGAUGCUUCAGCAAGCACAGCCAACAGCUCGCCGGAUACUCUGAGUGCGGCCAGCACGUCUCACUCGAGUACUGCCUGUCAACCCUGGGCUACGCCGAAACCGAUAGCGACCUCGAGGCCUGUUAUACCAACGCCGGAUGCUCCAUCGACGAGGCCGCCUCCGAGGCCAAAUUUGCCCUGAGGCGAUGCGACGAGCUCUCCAACUUGGGAGACCUGAAGAAGCGAUACCGCGGCGUCCUUGGCAGCCCCCUCCAGACGCACCAUGCCCGAGCAGCCCAGCCCGCACCGCUCCCAACCCACUGGGUCCGCGACGGCACCCUCCAGUGCAUGGCCACAUCCACCGUCAAGACGUCGUCCUGCGAUAUUUCCACCGAUAAGGGUGUCCUGCGAACACUUACAUGUGUCCCCACCGAGGUGGCCAAGGCCAACUGUGCCCCUGGCCUCAUGUGCUCCCUGGACUCUCUGGGUGAGACCGUCUGCAUGAAGAAGAAGAACAACCUCGACGUCGGCGGCAUCAUCAUCGCCAUCGUCUUCGGCACUGCCAUUGUCGUCGCCAUCACCUUCCUGACCUUUGCCUGCUGCCGAGAGAGCCGCCACCAGAAGCAGCUCGAGGCCCGCGCCGAGGCCACUGCCCUCGCCCGAGCCCAGACCAAAAAGGCCCGCGCCGCCGAGACGCGAGCUCCCCUGAUGCGCCAGGAGGGCCCCGACCCCUUCGCCGACCAGGCCCGGUCUUAG